AUGGUGAAUGGGAAGAAGAGGAAGCCUCUGGAUUGGCCGUUGAUCCUCUUCCUUGCAUUGGCGCAGCUGCUGCAGCUCCUCGAGGCCGCCGGCGGAGGGGAACGCCUACACCCACUAGUGCUCGUGCCGGGCAGCGUCGGCAGCCAGCUUGAGGCGCGUCUCACCGAGGGCUACCGGCCAUCUAGCUUGCUCUGCGGCCGCUGGGCCCGGACCCGCCGGGACAAGGAGGGAUGGUUCCGGCUCUGGUUCGACCCAGCGCUGCUCGUCGCCCCCUUCACCCGGUGCUUCGCUGAGCGGAUGACCCUACUGUACAGCUCGGAGCUCGACGACUACCGCAACGCCCCUGGUGUGGAAACGCGGGUCCCCCACUUCGGCUCCACCCUGGGCCUCCUCUACCGCGAUCCCCACCUGAAGUUCGGCCCGCCCCACUUUGGCUUCUGUCUGUCUCACAGCUCUGACGAAGGCUGCCCGUCAUCUUAGAUCUCUCCUCGCAGGCACAUAACGGAGUACAUGGCGACGCUGGUGAGAUCGCUGGAGGAGAUCGGCUACAGGGACGGCGAGAACUUGUUUGGGGCGCCGUACGACUUCCGCUACGGACUUGCGGCGGAGGGGCACCCGUCGAAGGUGGGGGCGGAGUACCUCCGCGAUCUCAAGGGCCUGGUAGAGAACGCCACCGCAUCCAACGGCGGCAGGCCGGUGAUACUCGUGUCCCACAGCCUGGGAGGGCUCUUCGUCCUCCAGCUUCUGAAUCGGAAUCCCCCCUCGUGGCGGCAGAGGUUCGUCAAGCACUUCGUCGCUUUGUCGGCGCCAUGGGGCGGCGCCGUCCGCGGGAUGCUGACCUUUGCCUCGGGCUACUCAGUGGGCAUCCCUGGGCUGGACCCGCUGCUGGUGAGGGACGAGCAGAGGAGCUCGGAGAGCAACCUGUGGCUGCUGCCGUCACCUAAGGUUUUCGGUAGCAGCCCGCUCGUCAUCACCCCCGAGAGGAACUUCUCGGCGACGGAGGUACCCGAGUUCCUUGAGGAAAUAGGGUUCCCGGAGGGCGUCCUCCCCUACAAGACCCGGAUUCUGCCGCUGGUCGAGAGGCUACCGGUGCCGAAGGUCCCCGUGACGAACAUAAUUGGAACCGGCGUGAAGACGCCGGAGAGGCUCGUGUACGGGAAGGAAGGGUUCGACAGGCAACCGGAGGUGGUCUACGGGGACGGUGACGGGACGGUCAACCUAGCCAGCCUACUCGCGCUGGCGUCCGGGUGGGGGCGCGCCACGGGGCAAUGGCUCAAGGUUGUCAACAUCUCCCACGUCUGUCACAGGUCCAUCCUCAAGGAUGAAGCCGCCGUGAGGGUGAUAAUGCAGGAAAUCUGCGAGAUAAACUCUCAUCUUAUGGGUUCCUCGGCGACGGAGACCUCGAUCCCCCACGUCCACUGCUCUGCACCCGACCUUAUCGCAACGCGAGGCCUCCUCGACUCCUACCACAGGGUCGAUGACCACUGA